GUAUAAAAAGCUGAUGCCAUUCUGAUUCUUGUAGAAAUUCAUAGAACUUGCACAACAUGUUGAGUCCUAAACUGCUCAUCUGGGCCUGCUUCCUACUGUUCAUCGGUCUGGUCAGUGCCAUAAGCCCCGGCUUGCUGAAGGAAGUCAGUCAACAGAAUCAGAAUGGUGCGAGCCAGCACAAGCAUGAGAUUAAGGUGGACAAUGGCAGCAAGACAUCCGCCCAGGGCAAUGUGAAUGGUCAUACUCAUGUACGAGUCACCCGUACGGCCGAUUCUACCGGAUUUCAUCCACACAUCAAUUAAACCCUAUUAGCAAAAUUCGUUUGACUUGUUUACGAAAAAAUCAAAAAACACAAAUUAAUAAA